GGCUCUCCUAACAUAGUAACUGGGUUCCAGAAGGUGAUCCUUACUGGAAGGCAGCAUGUCCAAUCUUACCUUGAGAAAAACAUCUCCCACAGGAAAUGAUAUGAAGAGUACCGCUCAGGGGACUACACUGAAGCAACAGGGUUUUCACGAGGUGAACAAAAGAAGGACUUUCUUACAGGAUAACAGCUGGAUAAAGGAACGUCCUGAAGAAGAAAAAGAUGAAAAUUCUGGUAGGGUGGUACUCCAUAGAUGUAACUCCCAUGAUGCCUCAGACAGGAAAACAAACGAGAGGGAUGAGCCAAAAGCCACAAUCAGUUGGUACAGAUCUGAUGACACUUUGGACAGGAUCUCAGACAGAAAUGAUGCUGCUAAAACAUAUAAGGCCAAUACCCUUCAUAACCGACUAACCAAUAGAAACAUGUCCACGUUUCAGUCACCAGAAGAGACAAAGAUGCAACCUGGAGGUCUGUUCAGUGCAAAUGCCACCAACACCCCAGCUUCCAACUCUGCUACUACUCCUGUAAAGAAAAAGAGACAGUCCUGGUUUCCACCGCCCCAUCCAGGUUAUAAGGCCUCCCCAAGCACAGGAGCGAGCGGAAGGGAACCAACUGUUCACCCUCCAAUACCUCCAAAGCCCAGUUCUUCAGUUUCAUCUCCUAACCAGCUGAGGCAGGAUAACAGGCAGAUAUGUCCACCUAAGCCAAGUGCAUAUACAGAAACCAACAGAUCUUCUGAAAGAAAUAUAAGUGAAGAAUUAGAUAAUCUCAUCAAAAUGAACAAAAGCUUGAAUAGAAAUCAGGGUAUUGAUGGUCUCUUUAGAGCAAAUCUUAAGGCAGUGCCAACAGAGAAAAUACCCAAAAGCCUUGAAACUCUCAUCGUUGUGAAUACCCAGACAGACAAAGAUGGCAAAGGAAACCAAGGCCUUGGAAGUCUUAUUAAAGUUAAUCAAAGGACUGACAAAAACGAGAAAGGGAAAUCUCCAUGUUUUUUCCAAAGAAUCCAAGAUCUCAAAAUGGUUAUCAAAGCAAAUGCUAGGACAGAUCAGACUAGCAGAGGAGGUGAAGACCUUGAUAAUGUUAUCAAAGUGAAUCCCAAAGAAAGUGAAAACACCACUGGUAAGGAAGCCCUCAAUGGGCUUAUUAAAGUGAAUCCUGAAACAAAUAAAAAUAUCAAGAGGGGCCAGAGCCUUGACAAUCUCAUCAAAGUGACCCCUGAAGUAAACAGAAGUAACCCAGGUUCCAAAGACCUCAGUAACCUCAUCAAAGUGAACCCAAGAACAGGAAAAAGUGUGCAAGGGGGCCAAAGUCUUGACAAUCUCAUCAAAGUGGCUCCAGAAACAAACAGAACUAACCAAGGGAACCAAGGUCUGAACAAUCUUAUCAAAGUGACUCCCUCAGCAAAUAAAAGCAGUGAACAAGAUCUUGAUGAACUUAUUAACAUAAGCCCCAAAGCUGUCAAAAACACAGCCGGAAAUCAAGAUCUUGAUAAACUCAUCAAAGUGAAUCCUGAAACUCUCUCCAACAACCAAAGAAACCAGGAUCUCAAUAACCUCAUCAAAGUGAAUCCUGAAGUAAUCAGAAGCAAUCAAAGCCAAGCUUUGGACAAUCUUAUUAAAGUGAAACCUUCACCUCUCAGAAAUACUAAGCGAGACCAGGACCUAGAAAAUUUAAUUGAAGUAAAUUCCAAUAUGUCUAAGAGUAAAAAUGGCAGCUCCAAUGCUGAAACCAGGCAUGCAGGACCAAAGGAUACUGUUGUGUACACAAGGACGUAUGUGGAGAAUAGUAAAUCACCAAAGGAUAGAUAUCAGGAGGGUAUCUCUGGAAAAUACGUACAAACCGUUUAUUCGACUUCAGAUAGGUCUGUCAUUGAAAUGGAUAUGUGCACUUACUGUCGAAAACCCUUGGGCACAGAAGCUAAGAUGAUUUUAAAUGAAUUACAAAUUUGCUGCCAUUCCACUUGCUUCAAGUGUGAAAUAUGCAAACAACCUUUGGAAAACCUACAAGCAGGUGACAGUAUUUGGAUUUAUAGACAGACAAUACAUUGUGAACCUUGCUACUCUCAAGUUGUAGCUAACUAAUUAUGCUAUGAUUGGCAUACUUUUCCUGGACACAACUGCCUAAAUCUCAGAAUACCAGGCCCUGAAUUCUAUUACAAAUGAAGAGAUGUCUCUAAAAAAUAAUUAAUUGCUCCACUAUGAGAGUAUCCUUCCAAAAAGCAAAACAAAAAUAUAUCUAGUAAUCUUGGAAAUAGAAUUUGUUAAAAACCUUUUUUCUCCU